GGAGGGGAGGGGGGCUAUGUUCCCUCUGCACUUGUCAACAAUAUGGCUCCGUAAACGACGCACUCGUAUCGAAUCGCAUGACCAGAUGUUGCUCGAGACAGCGUACGCAACGAACGCGACGAGCCUCGCUGGUGGUGCGACGGUAUCCUCGCGGCCGACAUAAUCGCUGGUAGAAAGUACAAAGAAUAAGAACGCGAUGCGCGCGAGUUCCUAACCUGGCGAUGACCUGGCGAUCUCCAGCGUUGUGCGGAGUUACCGCGACGUGAAUUCAUUUCUAUCUACGUGAAUUACAUAAAUUCCUCAUAAAAUUCCCUUCUCUCCUAUGUCAUCGAGAACUUCCGAAAUGGCAUGUCCAGAGGAACGACUGAGAAUUUACUUCGUCACAUACAAUGUGGCUACGAAGUUCCCGGAUCCCAGAGAGGAUCUUCAUCAACUUCUGGGUAUUACACCUUGCGACAAAUCAAAGUUGAUGUGGCCGGAUUUAUAUUUCAUCGGUUUACAGGAAGUUAAAUCACAACCACAAAAUUUAAUAUUAGAUUAUAUACUAUUUGAGGAUCCAUGGACUAAAGCCUUUAGAGAUGUGUUGAAGAAGUAUGAUUAUGUAAAAGUACGUUCGCAACGAUUGCAGGGUCUUGUUUUGAAUGUUUUUUGCCUAAGGAAACACUUGACACACUUAAGAUUGAUAGAAACUCAAUAUACUAAGACAGGUUUUGGUGGCAUAUGGGGAAAUAAAGGUGCAGUGAGCAUAAGAAUGAAUACCUAUGGAGUCAGCAUUUGCGUAGUGAACACACAUUUGACUCCUCAUGAUCAUUUGCUAGCUGAUAGAAUAUCAGAUUAUAAUACCAUCGUGACAGAUCACACUUUCACUGCUCCGUUUACAUCGAGAAUAUUAUAUCAUGACUAUAUAUUUUGGAUUGGUGACUUAAAUUUUCGGCUCAACGGAGAGGAAUUAACUGCCACUGAUAUAGAUUUAUUGGUGAAAAAGAAGCAAUUGAAGGAACUUCUUGAAAGAGAUCAGUUGAUGAUGGUAAUGAAGGAGCAACAAGCUUUUGCUGAACUGAAUGAAAGUAACAUUACAUUCCCGCCUACCUACAAAUACGAAUUUGAGUCUCAAGAAUUUGAUCUCAAGCGUAGACCAUCUUGGACCGAUAGGAUUUUAUACAAAGUAAAUGCAGCAGAUAUAUAUGACGAUAUAGAAAUUCACACUGAGCAGCAUACUUACAAGAGCCAUCCUGAUUACAGUGUCUCAGAUCAUAAACCUGUAACUGGAGAAUUUGAUAUCGUGGUCAGACCUAAUGUAGAAGAAAAUAUUGUGGAAUUCCAAGACUGUAUCGUGGAGGAAAAUUUUAUCUCUUACAAACUACAAAGAGAUUUUAUCCCAAGCAAUGGGGACUGGAUAGGUCUCUUUCCUAACGAAUUCUCCAGUCUAGAUGAUUACAUCAUUUACGAAUACGUUAGUCGCGGUAAACCAAUAUCAGUUUCUGACGAACCUCACGCGAACACGGAACGAAUAUCGUACAAUGAUUCGGCGCUUCGUCUGUCAGAAAUGUACUGUUUGGUGUAUGUAGCUCAACGAGGCUAUCUUAUGGAAGUUUUAGGAGUGAGUCCGGAAUUUUCGGGUCCUCAUAGAUCAGUCGAACAGUCUACAUAAAUUUUAUAGCAAAGAAUAAAUUUACUUAAAAAAAAUUCACUUAAAAAGAGCUUACGCAUGAUCGGUAAUUGUAUUGUCAAGAGAUUAAAUACCAAGCUUUAUGCAAUUUUCUAGAUA